GUCCUUGAUGAUGUGGACUCCGACUUGGAACCUCUGGCACAACGCAGAAGGCUUUUGGAUCCCAACUUCUCUCAGACAUCCCUUGCGCCAUCUCUGGCCUACUCGCCUUCUGUUGCUCCUGAUGCUGCAGAAUUGGAUUUAGAUGAGGCUCCACCACCUGAUGGGUCGCUUGGACUUGAACCCAAUCAGAAAGCUGAACUCCCAGCCUCGCCUCCACCUGCCGGGUCGCUUGGACUUAUGCCCGGUCAGGAUGCUGGAGUUCCCGCUGCUCCCCCUGGACUUGAGGAGACAGCAGCUCAACCUGGACUUGUUGAGCCUGGGGCCAUUGGACUUCCUUCCACUAUGGAUUCUGCAGCGGGCCAAGCCGGAGAACCCACCACUGAUGAGGACUUUGCAGCCCACAGAAGGCGUUUCCAACAACAGGAGACCAUCUCCUUUGGACCAUAUCGACGGCUACCAAAGAUCCCAACACCAUAUGAUCGACCUCCUGAAGAGCCACCUGAAGAAGCCAACAUGGCGUCCUUUGACAUUGAUGACCUAGAUGCGUCAAAGAAGAAGACUGCACAAGAGCGAGCUGAAAGCAGGAAUGAAUUUACCACACAACUUCCAUUUCACAACCACGAUCAUUCUCUACUCAACAACUCUACCAACCACAACGCAGUGAAAGUUGGAGCGAACGAGACGGAAGCCUUAGAGACCUUUGAAUCCAACGAGAUGUUUGACACCAACGAGGCUUCUGAGUUUGAGCAGCACUCACCGAAUGAGUACCAGCCUGAAGAGACCUUUGAGACUGCAGAGAACCAGUUCCCUGUUGAGGCCUACUCCAGCCAUGGCGGCGGCUCCGGCGUUUUGCGAUAUGUGUUUUUACUGACACUUUUCCGAACUGCCCGUGCUGCGAGCUUUGGUAGAACUGAUGUCUGCAGCAUCGACGAUGCACCACUGGAAUCAUCGGAUGCAGAUGACCUUUUGCAUUUCUUUGUUUUCGUGGCGACCGUCACUUGCAUGUUUGGUCUUUGGUUUUUCUGGACUGCACGGAAGCUGAAGGCAGAAGUUUUAUCCCUGAGGGAUGAGUACGCCCAGUGCCGUGAAGCAGAAGGACAUCUGAGGAACGAAACGUUCCAGCUCCGCGACCAAGUCAGAACACUGAAUGCUCGAGCCACCGAUUUGGGCUCACGCAAUGUGGAUCUGCAACUGCAACUCGACAGCGAUGAAGAGAUUCGUUUUCAACAGCGAUUGAAUGACCGACGGUCAAUUUGGACGGCGAUGGGUCUUUUAGACCGUGCCCUGGAUGAGACCAUAGGUGGGUGCUUCGAAGCCAACCAGAACGCUACGCUGCAAAAGACUUCGCGUGCUUUGCCUGCACUACUUUUUGGACAAGGACUUCGU